AAUGGUGGUUGUAGUUUUGUUUUCCUGGAUUUUCCUGCAGAACAGCUACAUGCUGUUAUCACUUAAUAAUGGCGCUUCAAAGGACGUGAAAUAAUGUUUAGCUUUUGUUGCUUCACUGCGCGCAACAUUUAAAAAGCACGUGAUUUCUUUUCAAACUUGGUACUUCCUACUCAGCCAAUCACAGCCUUGCGACGCCACAGAUCUAUUUGCAUGCUUGCUGUAUAUCAGCAGCCUGAUCGUCAAACAAGUCAUUCGUUGCUGUAAAACCCAGUAAGGAAAUAUGCCUGAACCCGCCAAGUCUGCCCCUAAGAAGGGCUCCAAGAAAGCCGUGACUAAGACCACCACCGGCAAAGGAGGCAAGAAGAAGAGGAGGACCAGGAAGGAGAGCUACGCCAUCUACGUGUACAAGGUGCUGAAGCAGGUCCACCCUGACACCGGUAUCUCCUCCAAGGCCAUGAGCAUCAUGAACUCGUUCGUCAACGACAUCUUUGAGCGCAUCGCCUCCGAGUCUUCUCGUCUGGCUCACUACAACAAGCGCUCCACCAUCACCUCCAGGGAGAUUCAGACCGCUGUGCGCCUCCUGCUGCCCGGUGAGCUGGCCAAGCACGCCGUGUCUGAGGGAACCAAGGCCGUCACCAAGUACACCAGCUCCAAGAGCUUGAUGAAGCUCUUGUGGACUUCAUAGUGAAGGACUCCCAGCCUUUCUUUAUCCAAACCUAAACCACCCAGCCAAACAGUUCCUUGUCACACCAGCCUCCUCUGUUCGCUGUGAAAGAGUAUUUUCCAAAGCUGGAGAAAUUGUCUCAAAAAAAGAAACCGUUUGAGG